CCAAAGAAUGUUCCCUCCUUCGAAAGAUUAUGGAAUUGAUCAAUUGGGAUUUUGUUCGGCCGGUGGGGGAUUGGACCCACCAACGUUGUUGCGAUGGUUCAGCUGAUCUUUGACGGUCCCCGUUCAUCAUCAUCGUUGUCAUCGAAAUCGCGAUCGCCAUCGAAGCAUAAUUAAAAUCCGCCUCCUCUCUUUCGACCCCACACACACACACGCGCGCAUACACACACGAACACGAAGCUGUUCGCACUUCGCUCAUUGGAAUCACCGCAGAAACCUGUUCGAUCUCAUCGCCUCCUUCGCGGAAUUGUUGUCUCUGCAGAACAUCUUCUUGCCAAAUUCAUCAGAAAGCUCCCACAUUUGCGAGUGAAUACCGGCAUCUCCGAUAGCUCGAACCGGUAUUUCGUUCCAAUGGCUUCGUACACAGUCCCGUGCCUGAAAUCUUCCUCGGUAGCUCGUUUGGGGACGACCCCGCAGAUUCGGAGGCAAAAUGUGGAGAAGAUCUCGCUUCCGGCAUACUCUUUCGGGUUUCAGUGGCCUAACGGGAAGCGUUUAACUGCAUUAAAAGUGAAGGCAAAGAUGAAUGAGGUAACCGCAGAGAAAUCCUCCUCUGGUCUUGAUGCAAAGUCCGGAGCUGCUAUAUCAAAAGAAAGCAAUGGUUCUGUAGCAAAACUUGGCGGUGAAAAAAUUGUGCCAGAUGCAUCUUCAAUAUCAGCAUUUAUGUCUCAAGUAUCUGAUCUUGUCAAGCUCGUGGAUACAAAGGAUAUUAUGGAAUUGCAGCUGAAGCAAAUGGAUUGUGAGAUCACUAUAAGGAAGAAAGAAGCAAUACAGCAGCCACUGGCAGCUGCUUCUGUGGUAGCACAACCCGCACCUGUUUCCCAUGCCAUGCUUUUACCUCCACCUUCAGCAGCUCCAAUUCCUGCUCCUUCAGCCGCUUCAGCUGCUUCUGGUUCUGCAACACCCGCAUUACCCGCCCCUGUAAAACAAAGCAGCUCUUCUCAUCCCCCCCUCAAAUGUCCCAUGGCUGGAACUUUGUACCGGUCUCCUGCUCCUGGUGAACCUCCGUUUGUCAAGGUAGGAGACAAAGUACAGAAAGGCCAGGUGGUUUGCAUUAUUGAAGCCAUGAAGUUGAUGAACGAAAUUGAGGCUGAUCAGACUGGAACAAUAGCCGAAAUAUUGGUAGAGGACGGUAAACCAGUCAGUGUAGAUAUGCCUCUUUUUGCCAUUGUACCAUGACCUUGACGAGACACAUGGCGCUCUUCUCAUCUUGGCCGCGCAAG